AGAGAAAGAGAUUCGAAAAAAGAAAAAAAAAAAAACUGUGUAGUAAAAGAACAGUGAGAACAAAGAAAUUGAAAAAACAGCAUUAACGAAAAGAAGAAGAAGAAGAAGAAAAAGAAAAGAUCUUGGUGCUCCAUUGUACCUCAAAUUUAAUUCAUAGAAGAAGGUUGAAUAAAGAAUUUGAAGAAAAAAUGAAGAUGGUAAACUCCUUCAACCUCAAGAGAGCUGCAGCUGGAAUUAAACGCAUUAAACUUGACGGGCUCCGGUGGCGGGUAUUUGAUGCCAAGGGCCAGAUUCUUGGGAGGUUAGCAUCUCAAAUAGCUACUGUAGUUAUGGGAAAGGAUAAGCCAACUUAUACUCCUAAUCGUGACGAUGGAGAUAUGUGCAUUGUUCUUAAUGCCAAGGAUAUUGCUGUGACUGGGAGGAAGCUUACAGACAAGGUCUACUACUGGCAUACAGGGUAUGUGGGCCACCUUAAGCAAAGAACUCUGAAGGAUCAGAUGGCCAAAGACCCUACAGAUGUUAUUCGCAAAGCUAUUCUGCGCAUGAUUCCUAAAAACAACUUACGUGAUGAUAGGGACCGGAAAUUAAGGAUCUUUCCUGGUAGUGAGCACCCCUUUGGUGAUCGGCCACUAGAACCUUAUGUGAUGCCUCCUAGGACAGUACGAGAGAUGAGACCACGAGCAAGGCGUGCAAUGAUUCGAGCACAGAAAAAGGCAGAGCAGCAACAAGAGAAUGCUGAGCAGCGACAGAAUGCUGAGGAAAUGAAGAAUAGCAAAAAGAGUGAAGCAUAGGAAGAGAGUGCAUGAAAAUGUUAUCAUUUGAAUGCGAAGUAGGCUUUAUCUGUUUGCUUUUAGCAAAUCCUAUAAAUGUCAUAUUGAAUUCUUCUGUUUUAAGGUCUCCUAGUAAGAGCAUUGUUAAGAAGAAAUUGUGUUUAUUAAACAAUCUUGCAUCUUUUUGUGAUAACGCUUGAGUUCAAGUUCGAACCAGACUACCAUUUUGGCAUUCUAAAGGUACAUUUGGCAUCAAUAAAAAUAGUCCAAAAAUAUUCUCA